CAUUACUGAUACAAUUUAAAUUUUAAAAUGCCCGGGAAAAUUUUGUGCUUGUUUGAUGUGGAUGGUACACUUACCAAACCCAGGAAUAAUAUUGAUGCUUCUUUAGAAGAAUUUUUACAAAAAAAACUAAAAAACAAAUGCACCUUAGCAUUGGUUGGUGGCUCAGAUUUCAAAAAAAUUUCUGAGCAAAUGCUGGGAGAUGAUGUGAUUCAUAGAUACAACUAUGUGUUUACUGAAAAUGGAUUAGUAUGGUUCAAGAAUGGAAUUGAAGGAGAUCGACAAAAUAUUGUAAAACACAUGGGAGAAGAAAAUAUCCAGAAGUUUAUCAAUUAUUGUUUGGAAUAUCUUUCAAAAAUCACCCUACCAGUGAAAAGAGGUACUUUUGUCGAGUUCAGAUCGGGAAUGCUGAAUAUUUCACCCAUCGGUAGAUCCUGUUCUCAAUCAGAAAGAGAUCAGUUCGAAAAAUAUGAUAAAGAACACAAUAUUAGAGAAAAAAUGAUUGACGCUUUGAAAAAACAAUUUCCCGACAUUGGAUUUACUUAUAGCAUAGGGGGGCAGAUAAGUUUUGAUGUUUUUCCUAAUGGCUGGGACAAAACCUUUUGCUUGAGAUAUCUUGAAAAUGAAGGCUUUGAUGAAAUACACUUCUUUGGUGACAAGACUAGCGCAGGAGGUAAUGACUUUGAAAUUUUCAAUGAUAGUAGGACUGUUGGCCACACUGUAACUAGUCCAGAGGAUACCAGAAAACAACUUGAAAAAAUGUUUAAUUUAUAGUAAUAUUUAUGUAGAUUUUCAAAACACUUAUUAUAUAUAAAUAUUUGGA